UGGUUGGUUGGGAUGGAAGAGUAAAAAUGAAGAGGAGUCGGUGCAGAAACAGAAGCCAAAGGUGGAGCCGGCCACAGCCCUUCCUGUUAGGUUUGGUCUUCCAGAUUCUCGUCGACAUGGCGAGUCAAUCUGUCUCUCUCCAUGUAACACUAUGGCUGGAGUCACAGAUGAUUUUGGCAGAGUCACGCUGCUGGAUGUGGCACGAGGCAUCGCUAUCAGGAUGUGGAAGGGCUAUCGUGAUGCUCAGCUCGGGUGGGUGCAGGUGUCAGAGGCUCCUGGGGAGAGAGAAAUAGCCACAUCUCCCUCUAUGCCCCGCCGGCACGCCCAGUUUCUGGUGAUUUAUGCCCCACGUAGGGGCAUUUUAGAGGUGUGGGGAACUCAGCAUGGACCUCGAGUGGGGGCUUUUACUGUAGGCAAACAUUGCAGGCUGUUGUAUUCAGGUCACAGGUUAAUGGGUGUGAAUAGUGUAACCAGUCAGGGUUGGCAGAUACACACACAGCAGGUGUGUCUGUUUGAUCCGGUAAAUGGAGCCCUGAGAGCCAUCACCAUACCAUUCCACCUGGCACUCAGUGAUAAGAAGAGUGAGCGUGCUAAAGACAUGCACCUCCUAAGGAGACUCACCACUCUACUGAGGACCAGGGAGGUGGAACCAGCUCUGCUUGAGAGUGAAGCACAAAGUGUGUUAUUGGACAUUAAACAUCCAGCUAUUAAGAAACAGGCCCUGGAGUCACUGCUGUCCAAUAAGAAUGCACCAGUGUCCUGUUUGACCCAUGUUACUCGUGCAUUAUUGGCUAGCCUGAAAGAACAAGAUCCUGAAGCCGUGGAUGAGUCGUUGCUGCAGUUUUGUUCAUCACAGCUCAAACUUCUCCAGCUCUAUGCAGAUGUUCAGUUACUGCACACACCAGAUACGUCACCCACUGAGCCAGAACAUCCGUCUUUUUCUGGCAUUGAGGAGGAUCUUGCUCGUGUUGGCCCAAUCCUGCAACGAUACACAGAGAUGAACUCUAGGCCCUCUGUCUCAUUUGCUCAAGACUCUAGUGGGCCGCUGCCAGUCCGAACAUUUCUGUCUCAGUUGGAAUGGGUGAACGGAGAGCUCAGAGUGAUUAAACAACCUGAUUCCGACUGGACCCAACUAGGUAGUUUCCUGUUCUGGGGUUGUCUGUCUGGACAGAGUCCUUUACAGAGAGUGUGUGAGACUCUGCAGGAAAGUGGCAUCAGCCCUCAGCAGCUAUUGUCUUUGCUCUUGUCAGUUUGGCUGAACAAAGAGAAAGAAGUUCUGAAGUUCCCAGAUGCCGUCUCACACCUGCACACGUUGCUGUCUACCCUCAGCUCAAUGAAAGGAGCAGUAAAUGAGUCAUGGGACGGCCAGAGUGUCUCACCCUGGUGGCAGCAGGUCCGCACAGCAUGUGUUCAGUCUGAAAGCGCGGCCUCAGCACUACUGGCUGCUCUAGUCGCUCAUCGUGUAGCCAAGAAUGCCAUCACCAGGCUGGCAGAGAGCAAGUUUCAGGAGGAGUGGGUGUGUGUUUCUCUGGAGUUGGAGCAGUGGGUUGUGUGUAUAAAACAGUUGGAGGAUGUUCUUGCUCUGCAGACGCUGCUCUGCCUGCCGUCUCAUCAGGGCUCUACUGGGGGCACUGUUACACGCUGCUCAGUCAAAACGCUAUUAGAGAGUGGCAGAGGUGGUGUAGCAGACUGCGUUUCAAAAUUGAUCUUCAGACAGGGUGUGUCUCCAGAUCUCUUGAGUAAGAUCCUUCAACAGAAGGGAGAGAAUGAGCCCACGGAACAGACAUUUCAGCAAGGCAGGGAAGAGAAACUGGAGGAACUUCUGGAGUGUGUGUGUCAGCGGUUUCCAAGCUCUCUGUCUCCUGAUGUGCUGUUUGCUCACUGUAGCUGGGAAAAUGUGGUCCAGUGGAACAAAGACCCAGAGGUGGGGCAGUACUUAGAGUGGUCAGUGGAGUUUUUGAAGAUGAUCUCCAGUCCUUACAUUCAGUUGGGUGUCUCUGCUAUGAUGUGGCAGACCUUCAUAGUCAAACGGUUUUCAGCUGCUGCCUUCCUAAUGGAAAAGGUGGGAAAGGCACCUAAAGACCGGCUGUGCAGACGGGAUGUCGGAAUGGGAGACGCAGCUGUGAAGAGUUUCCUUGGCUCCUGCGUGCAGUUACUGCAGGCUCUGAUGGAGGCGGAUUCAGGGGUGGAGGAAGUGUCUGUUCCAGAUGUGAGCGUGGAGGAAGUGUGGAGCAGUGCUGAGGGUCCAGUGUCUAUUGUGGAGUUAGCUUUGGAUCACAGAUCCAUACACUAUCCCCUCGUUCAGCAUCACUGUGUGUUAGCUUCACUGCUGCAUGCCGCCAUGACCUUCUCCCUGCGCCUGAAACCGCUCAGUCUGUUCGACAGCAAGGGCAAGAAUGCGUUUUUUAGAGAUUUGGCGUCCAUUCAGUUGCUGCCCAGUGGAGAUAUGGACCCCAACCUGGUGGCUGUGAGACAAGAAUUUCUGAUGAACGUGUUAACAGGCUGGGUGAAGGUUCUAGCUGAAGCUGAGGAGAACGGUGUGAAACAAAUUGGUUCUGAAGACAUGUGGCCGUCUGUGUGUAUGGAGCUCUCGUCUCUACUGCAAGUCAAUACUGACAUACUACGCAGACACCUUGUUUGUGAGCUCUAUAACCAGGGCCUGGACCUGCGGGCAGAGGAGGUGAUGAUGGAGGUGCAGGACAAGGAUGUUUUGGGUUCUCAGCUGCUGGUGUUGACUGGUCAGAGACUCUCCUUCUCCCUACUCCACUCCCAGUCACAGACUAAACCCAACAUGGAGCUGCUGGCCCGUCUGCCACCGACCCUCUGCACCUGGCUAAAGGCUAUGGACCCCAGUGAGCUGCGCUGUCCUUCAGUACCUCUGUCUCAGAGCAGUCAACUGAUCAACAAAGUCGUCGAGAUGCUCCCCGAAAACCACGCCCAGUAUAGCCUUGCCCUCCACCUGCUGGAUGCUGUGGACUCUUUACACGAAGAGCCCUGAUAUAGAGAAAUGCAUUGGAGGAGGAAGAAUGAGAAUCAUGUUUUUAAAUAUUCCAGACUCAAAAACCUUCCCAGGAGCCUAAAGACCUGGAUAACCAUCCAGUCAGCAGCCUAAAUAAAUGCAUCAUCAUCAUCAUCAUCAUCAUCAGUAAUUUGCUUAAUUUAGCAGGCUUUAAUCUUUUUUCCUGUCUGUCACUAAAAUAACAUAUCAAGAACACUAGCACUUCUAGAGGAUGUGCUACCCCACAAUGCCUGUGCACAUUGAACGUGUCACGAACAAGGGCCUGGAGUCUCUAGUGUCUAGAGUGUUAUUAGGAUAAAAACUAUGUUAUUCAUGUACAGCAGUCCUGUAAUUAAAGAAGGGCAUUCUUUACAAGGAAGCCUUAAAAUAAUAUUUGCUUUAAUCAGUAUAAUCAAAACAUUACAGUGUAUAAACACCAUGAGGGGUAUAUUUUCUAUUUCAAAUUUUAGAUGUUCUCGUUCAUUUAUUCUGCCAAUUAAAUGUGUCUGUAAUGUCUAAUUGGUGCUGUUUAUUAGUCAACAAGCACUAAAAUGUCAUCUGUUAAUGUAUGUUUAUUUUAAAUGUUCAACUUUAGGUGUGGUUGCAAGGUGAGAGAAAAGAAAGACCUCUUCUGUAGUGCUGACCUUUUAUGCAGUCCUGUACCAGCUGUGCCUGGCUGCUCAUAUUACAUGAUACCAAAAUUAAAGGUAAUUUCCGAGAACUGUUGUAUAGCUUAUUGUCUUGAAAAUGAAACUGGACCAUUAAAUUAUCAGCAACA